AUGAACCACAAGCAUCAUCAUCCUCAACAUGGACUGCCCAAUCCAUCAGUGCCAAUUUUUCAACACGGUCAAGUUUUCGUGCCAAAUGCUAUGGAUGGACCGCCUCAAUAUGGGUGGACGGGUUCGCAGAGCUGUGGUAUGAGCAAUAUGAUGGGUGGGCCGCCAAUCAUGGGAUCAACUCCGGUAAUGGGAACGCCAAUGAUGAUGGGUGCACCGAUGAUGGGGAUGGGAGUUCCAAUGGGAGCCCCGAUGAUGGGGGCGACGCCAAUCAUGGGUCCACCCAUGGGCACUCCGGUGAUCGCUGCCCCUAUCAUGUUUAUGCCAUUUUGGAGAAGAGUGAGUGGAGCUCCUUUU